AUGUCAGGUAACAAUGAGAAGUUGAUUCCGGUGUUAAAAGCUUCUGAUUUAUCCGAGGAGAUACAAGCUAAAAUAUUUGAAUUAUCAGAACAAGCAUUAUCAUAUAAGAUAGAGAAAGAUAUAGCUACCUUUUUGAAAAAGGAAUUAGAUCAUCUUUAUGGCCCAACGUGGCAUGUCAUCGUUGGAAAGAGUUUUGGUAGUUAUGUUACUCAUGAACAAGGUUAUUUUAUUUAUUUUUAUAUUGGAGAAUUAGCUUUCUUAAUAUUUAAAAGUGGAUAG